AUGAAUAAAUCACUUCUCUCCUUGACUGGAAACUAUUCUAUUCAGAAUGUCUCAGAAGCGAGUUCCAGACUCUCGCACUUUGAGGAUGAAGACUGCCAUGUGCCCUUGGCAAUGGUGUUCACCUUGGCCCUGGCUUAUGGGGCUGUUAUCCUCCUUGGCAUUUCUGGAAACCUGGCCUUGAUCAUCAUCAUCUUAAAACAGAAGGAGAUGCGCAAUGUUACCAACAUCCUCAUAGUCAACCUUUCCUUCUCGGACCUCCUCAUUACCAUCAUGUGUCUUCCCUUCACAUUUGUAUACACUUUAAUGGACCACUGGGUUUUUGGGGAGGCCAUGUGCAAGCUGAAUCCUUUUGUGCAGUGUGUCUCCAUCACAGUCUCCGUUUUUUCUUUGGUCCUCAUUGCUGUUGAGCGCCAUCAGCUGAUUAUCAACCCCCGUGGCUGGAGACCAAACAACAGACAUGCCUACGUAGGAAUUGCUGCCAUCUGGAUUCUUGCACUGGCCUCAUCUUUGCCUUUCUUAGUAUAUCAUGUACUCACUGAUGAUCCAUUCACAAAUAUAACCAUAGAGGAAUACAAGGGCAAAUACGUGUGCUUGGAUUCAUUUCCUUCAGAGAGUAUCAGGCUGUCAUACACCACAGCCCUCUUGAUCAUACAGUACUUCGGACCUCUUUGUUUUAUAUUUAUUUGCUACUUAAAGAUAUACAUACGCCUAAAAAGAAGGAACAACAUGAUGGACAAGAUGAGAGACAAUAAAUACCGAUCCACUGAAACUAAAAGGAUCAACAUCAUGCUUAUGUCUAUUGUGGUUGCAUUUGCAGUCUGCUGGCUGCCUCUGACGGUCUUUAAUACAGUCUUUGACUGGAAUCACGAAAUUCUACCGCGUGCAACUUGCAGCCAUAACUUGUUGUUUUUAAUCUGCCACCUCACAGCAAUGAUCUCGACCUGUGUGAACCCCAUAUUUUAUGGGUUCCUCAACAAAAACUUCCAAAGGGACUUGCAGGUUUUAUUUCGCUUCUGUGAUUUUAAUGUAAGGGAUGAUGAUUACGAGACGAUAGCCAUGUCCACAAUGCACACAGACAUUUCCAAAACCUCGCUGAAGCAAUCCAGCCCCAUCGCCUUUAAAAAAAUCAGUGACAAUGACGAUGAAAAAAUAUAA